AUGACCACCCCUCGAAGGAAGGCCUGUGUGGAGUGCCGACAGCAAAAGAUCCGCUGCGAUGUCGAACAGCACAAGACCCCACAUGAUCCCUGUGGGCGUUGCAAGAAGAUGGGCCUUGAAUGCAGGAUCCUUCCGACAUCAACAAGGAACCUACGCCAAACCAAGGCAGAGAUGCGACGAGAGCUUGAAGAAUUGAGAUGGAAUCUCCGCCAGAAUUCAGGAGAUCCAAACCAUACUCAGUCGACUACAGCGUCACCAAAUGUUGACAUGCACCACUACACUCCACACGAACAUGCCUCCGGAACCUACUCCGACCCAUCUGCCAGGACCGAAGGAUCCCAGUCUCUCUCCCCAGCUUUCGAAUCAAGGCCACCAACAAGAAAAGGUUCGGAUAACCGCGCAACGCUGCCUCGCUAUGUCGAUGGCUAUCUCCUCGAUGCCAGGAAAAUCGACGAUUGCUUCACCCUAUUCUUCAACCAAUAUCAUCCGCGUUUUCCCAUUUUAGAUCCCUCAUUAGGGCCUAACGAGUACUAUGAUCUAUCUCCUUUUUUGUUCUGGGCCAUUGUCGUCACGGGAUCAAGGCGAUACACCGAGGACACCUUGGUUUUGGAAAAGACCAGCCAGCAUAUCGCCCCACUCGCCUUCUCAUCCAUGGCCUUGCGUUCCUCGCCAAUACCAGUCAUCCAAGGCCUUCUUAUUCUGUGUACUUGGCGGUUACCAACAAAUUCCAUGUACAAAGACAUGACCCAUCUGAUGUGUGGUUCCGCAGUUCAUUUGGCGACUCAGAUUGGUCUCCACAUCUCCGGUGAGGGGCAGGAUUUUGCAAGGAUGCCGCUCAAGAAAGAUCAAGACUUGAAAAUCACGCGAGCUAAGUUAUGGUUAUGUUGCGUGAUCGUGUCCAUCCGGACGAGCUGCGCUGAGGGAAUACCACCCCUUGCCGAAUCAUUCUUCGAUGGUGAUGAACGUGAGAGGGAAGAUAUGGUCCCGCAUCUUCCAGUCGACUUGCAGUACUUGCACAAGGUCUUUAUUGUUCUGCUUCGUGCAAUGGUAGCAAUGGGCAAGACCAAUCUACAAUCGAUCAAGUGCGAUGUCCGCGUGCUGCGAUCCCUCAUCAGUAUAUUUGAUUCACAACUGGUUAGCUUAUCCACAUCCUCCCCAAGCCCCCUUGACUCGUUACAACUUGAAUGCGCCCGCGUCCACAUCAUGGCUUUCCACUUCUUUGCUCACCCAACAAAUCCCGGACCGGAUAUGGAUGGCUUCUCUCGCCUUUACUCACUAUGUGUCGGAGUCAUUGAAACAGCCUUUAACAUGAUUAUGACAGAUCCCACAUCUCUUCCUUCGGUAUCGCAGUCUUUCAUUGACAGGACCAUCGCGCUCGCCGGUUUUGCCAUUCUCAGACUUGUGCGGAGUUCGCUCGCACAACAUUUGGAUAUUACUGCGGGAGAGCGAGCAUUCUCACAUGCCGUGCAAUUUCUGAAGAAUUCAUCCUUACAGCCAGGUGAUAUCGGCAUUCGCACAGCUCUCAUCAUGAAUGAUCUCUGGCAAAGCAAUAGGGUUUUCCGCAGGAAAGAUGGACGACUGGAGCCGCUUGCGCUAAGGCUGAGGACUAGACUAAGUAUGAGCAUCAGCUACGACAUGUUCUGGUAUUGGCGAGAAGAAUUUGGAAACAUGCAAAAUCCUUAUAAUAGCGAAGAUGCCACAGUCUCGUCGAAUGAAAAUACAAAGCCAAAUACACCUCGCCAAGCGUAUACUUCGCAACCACUCCAGGAGGCACCGAACCCGACCCUGGGGAUGCCGAAUCCCUUGAAUAAGUUUGAUCCCACCUUGAUGAACCCCCAACUACAGGAUCCUGCUCUCGUGAACUUUAACGGUGGUUGGGAUAGCUCCGAGUACGGUGUUCCCCCUAUGUUGGAUCAAUUCCCAGAUUACGAUUGGGCAGCGGGCUUCGAGUUUUCCAAUAGUAACAUGCCCACUAUUCCCAUUGGUGCCAUGAACCCAGCCAUGCAACAAGGAAACGCCGCAAACAUGGGGUAUACCUUUGGCUGA